GAAUUGGAGUUGAGACAAAAUGUUCAUGUUACCAAAAAAACAAUAGUACAAACGAAUUCUCCAGUUGUUGCCAUUUUACGCUCAUUUUCAGAAUCGACAUUAAAUUGGCACGUCUUGCAAACAAAUCUAGUUCCGAUUAAAAUAUAUUUUUUGAACAUCCUGAAAAGUAAAAAUGUCCGGAGGAGAUUUGAUUAAAGAUAAUAUUGAAAAUUUGGCCAUACACGAUGACGACGAAAUCGAUUCUAGCUACAAGCCACCACCGGAAAAAUCCAUUGAAGAACUUUUAAGUGUCGACAAGGAAGAUCCUAGUUUACAGAAGUACAAAGAAAAGCUCUUGGGUGAUGCUAAUAGUGGAAAAAUUAUUUUUGAUGAGAACAAUCCAAAUAAAGUUAUUGUUAAGAAAUUAGCUCUGUGUGUCGCAGAUAGACCUGACAUGGAACUUGAUUUAUCUGGAGAUUUAACAAAUUUGAAAAAGCAGGUUUUUAUAAUCAAAGAAGGAAUUUCAUACAAGAUUAGAAUAGAUUUUAUUGUUCAACGGGAAAUCGUUCAUGGAUUAAAAUAUGUUCAGAAAACUUACCGUCUUGGUGUACCAGUUGACAAAAUGACUCAUAUGGUUGGAUCCUACCCACCGAAAAUGGAAAUACAGAGCUAUACAACACCGGCUGAAGAUGCUCCAAGUGGUAUGAUAGCACGUGGCUCUUACACAGUUCAUUCUUUGUUUACGGAUGACGACAAAAACGAACAUUUGAAGUGGGAAUGGGUAUUUGAAAUAAAAAAAGACUGGAAAGACAACUAAUUUGUAGUUUUGGACUAUCAAGUACAAAGUCAAUAAUGACCUAUUUGCUUACAAACAUUUUAUAUAAUCAGUAAUCACAAGAUAUAUUUUUUCUUUUUCAAUUUAUAUAUUAUAUAUCAACUUAUAAUUUAAUCAGAUUAUUCAUAGUUUAUUGUUACUCCAAUAUUUAUUGAACAAAUUUUGUGGUCUAAAUUAUUGUUAAAAAAAAACUAAUUUAUGUAAUACUACUUAUUUGAGUGCCAAAGUAAAAUAUGAUCAACCCAAUGUGCUCGGGUCUUAUUUUAAUUUAUAUAAAUACUAAACAAAUUUAGGGACCACGGGGUUAUUUUAUAUCGAACAAUGUAAUAUAUUUGAAUUACUAUUUAUAAUUUUAUACUACAUCACAUAAAAUUGUAUUUUUUUUUAUAAAACAGAUAAAUUACUCUUUUUUUUUUUAAUUGUUAUACUCGUUAGGAUCUAGUUUUAUUAAUUUACAUUCAUAAAUAUU